AUGAAGAAACUGGAGACUGAUGGUUCCGAUUGUUCAUCAAGACUGGAGCGUAAUGAAGACCACAUGACUGAAGAAUUCUCCACUCUGACCACAGGAAAGAAAGCUAAACGAUUGUUCAUCAAGGUUUGUCAACAAAUCAUUUCCUUCGGUAACUUUGAAGAUUGUGUUGAACAAUCUUCAAACUUUGGCCCUACUCCUGCCCAGCGUAGAGAAAGGAGGAAAUGGACGCCUACGGAUGAUGUUCUCCUCAUCAGCUCGUGGUUAAACACGAGCAAAGACCCUGUAGUGGGCAACGAGCAAAAAUCAGGAGCAUUUUGGACACGAGUUGCGGCCUACUUCGCGGCAAGUCCUCAAGUUGCUGGCUGCGAACAGAGAGAGGCAGCCCACUGCAAGCAGCGUUGGCACAAGAUGAACGACCUCGUCUGCAAGUUUUGUGGAUCAUAUGAGGCGGCUACUAGAGAGAAAAGCAGUGGGCAAAAUGAGAAUGAUAUUCUCAAAUUGGCUCAUCAGAUAUUCUACAACAACCACAACAAGAAAUUUACACUUGACCACGCUUGGAAAGAGCUCCGGAACGACCAGAAGUGGUGUGAGCAAUCCACUGCCAAGACCGAGGGAAUCUCAAAAAAAAGAAAAUGUGAGGACGGUGCAGAUUCAUCAACCUCUCGAGCAACUGAAUCCACCCGUCCUCAGGGGGUUAAGGCUGCAAAGGCUAGUGGGAAGAAGCCGAUGGUAAAGGAGAAAUGGCUUAAUGAUUUUCAGACAAUGUGGUCUAUAAAACAACAGGAUUUGGUCAUCAAAGAACGGUUGUCUAAGAUGAGUCUACUUGACAAUCUUAUUGCCAAAAAAGAACCGUUGGGGGAGUCUGAAGAAGCCCUCAAGAAUAAGCUAAUUAAUGAUUUGUUGUCUAAUUAG